AUGGAAAGCUGCUCGGCUGCAGCUACUCCAAUGAGCUCCUCCAGCAACCUCGACAAGGAUGAAGAUGGACAAAGUGUGGACAUUACUGCCAAUAGAGGGAUCAUUGGAUCUCUUCUCUAUCUUACUGCCAUCCGGCCAGAUAUCAUGUUUGCUGUCAGCAUCUACGAAAAAUUUCAGGCUAAUCCUAAACAAUCUCAUUAUGUUGGUUCUAAGCGAAUUUUGAAACAUCUAAAGGGGACUCAAAAUGUGGGACUGUGGUUUCCGAAUGAUUCCAAUUUCAAUCUAACUAGUUAUUCAGAUGCAAAUUAUACAAGGUGCAAAAUUGAUAGGAAAAGCACUAGUGGAACUUGCCACUUCCUUAGUGACCGCCUGAUCUCUUAG